AUGAAGAUCGCCCUGUCUCGUUUGUUCCCGCUGCUGUGGCUUGGUGCCUGUGCUCUCUCAACCGCCACAGCUGCUGAAACAGUGGUGGUAACUUGUGAUCUGACUUUCCAGUUUGAGCCUACCAUGUUUUGGCAAGAUCCCAACCAAGAAGAACUGGAUCUCUUGAUGGCAGAAACCAAGGCAUUCAUGGAAUCUGUCUUCCGUGAAGAUUAUCCUGGAACUUUUGUGAGCCUCUCAGGUGUAAUUCUGUUGUCUUGGACUGCGAAUGAUCCAAUCGAGACUCUUAUUGUGAACUUUGAAGCCCCAACCAUGUUCACAGUGGCUCCUUCAGAUGCUGAUGUAUAUGAAUCUAUGGCAAAUGCUGAGUGGCACUACGACUAUCUUGAGAACUAUGUCAAUAACAUGGAGGGACAGACAUGCUGGUAUGCCAUUUAUGGCUUGGUUGUGUCUUGUUCCGUGGUGGGUAAUGAUGACAGUGCGGAUGAAGGUGAUCAAAGGAAUCCAGACAUCAACAUCCCUUGCUUCUCCAGUGUUGCCACAGUUCAAGUGCUUGGAAAAGGAACAAUACCAAUGGCUGAUCUUCAAGUCGGAGACCAUGUUUGGAGCAGCAAGCACAAGUAUGAGGAGGUCUAUGCAUUCGGCCACUACAGCCGGGAAGAGUCAGGCAGCUUUCUGCAGAUUCAAACUAAGGAUCCAAAGGGCAGCUCGAGCCAUUUUGCCCCACUAGAAGUCACAGGGGAGCAUUUAGUCUAUGUCCUGGAUCAUAAGAACCCUAUACGCGCUGAUUCUCUUAGCCCAGGGGAUGCCUUGGGUCAAACAGAAGAGACAGCUCGAGUCGUUUCCAAAAUCAGCCAGGUCAAGAGGCGUGGUCUGUUCAAUCCUUUGACUCCAUCCGGCACACUUGUUGUGGAUGGAAUAGAUGCAUCAAGCUACAUUUCAUUCCAAGAAUCAAAGGAGUAUGUUGAGUUGCAGGGUGGGCUACCAACAAUGCUCUCUCAUCACGACUUUGUGCAUGUAGCCCUGUCUCCAUUCCGUCUGCUCUGCACAUCAUCAUUAGUCGCAGCCCACCUUAUUUGCAACUCCUACAAUGAUCAUGGGCUCCCAUUCUAUGUUUCAUUUGGGAUUACUCUGAUCAGGUGGGCAAAUGAACAAUGCCUUCUACUUCAGGUGCUUGUCUUGUCAUUGGUUUUCGUGCUUUGUGGAGCCUUUGCCUUGGUGGAGCAGAUAUUUCAAGGACGAGCCAUUGUGGCUAGUGCUGCCUUGGCCUGCUCCUUGCUUUUCUCCGGGUGGAAGGCUUUCGCCAAGACAAAGGUUGUUUAG